AUGUCUCCCCAGAAGCCACAAACGACUUAUUUCUCAAAUGGCCAAGCGCUAUCGAGCCCGCCAUUCUCAGUUCGCGUUUCGCGAUUCUUCGAGAGCGUCUACCUCUUUUUCGGCCUGUACCUAGUGAGCUUUUUCUCGCUGGAUCCGCACACUGCCGCGCAGAACUCGUCGUUUAAUAUCCACCGGCCGAAGACCCCAUCUGGAUCCCGUAAGCCAUUUGGUGGAAGCUCCGGUUCUUAUGGCUCUGGUGGAGGUGGAGGUGGUGGUGGCGGCGGCGGCCCAGGUGGGCCUGGAAGACGCAUUGGGCGCGUGGAUGAUGUUCGAGGACCAGAGUGCGGCAGUUGUCGAUGA